AUGUCGGCUCAUUUGUUGAGCCAUAAUACAAUUAAGUCAAUAAUGCAUAUGCCUUCAAUUUCAACCUUAAAAAGUUAUAUGAACGUUAAUGAAGCAAAAACUGGAUGGCAUGAUGAAAUUGGAGAACAGUUUUUAUAUCUCUAUAAAAUUUGUGGUCAUGAAUGUAUAGGAUUUUUUCACAUGACUUUUUUAAAAUACAAAAAGGUCUAG